AUCUUAAGUCCAAUGCUAAUAACUGAAGUCACCCAUCGUGCUAGGCUGCUAGCAAUGGACCAAUGGUAAUUCAUGGUUUCUAGGUAUUGACAUCCUGUUCCAGCAAUGGUACUCCUGGGUUUGCGGCUUUACCUUCGCUCCACUUCUGUUCCCCUAAUUUGAACGACGCCGCCCGACCUGCGAUGCCCAAAGAACAACUAAAGCAGCAGAGGAAAAGCGAGGUGAGGAAAAUGGACGAGGCGAACUCGUACGAGGAGCAGCGCAGGAGGCAGAUUGAGCAGAACAAGCGCAAGCUGGAUGAGCUGCGGGUGCACAAGCUCUCCGCCGCCGUCCGCCAGGCCGCCGCCAAGCCCAUGCAGGCCAAGCUGGUGAUGCCUCGGAAUCCGAGGCUGGACGCACCGACCCGAAGGUCUGGCCGCAUCGCCAGCCUCCUGGAGCAGCCUGACUACCGCGUUAGGAAGGCGAAUGGCGAUAUAAAGACUGAAUCACCUGAUCCAGUUCCAGUGUAUGCGACCGACGAAGAGAGAGCCUAUGCAUUCACCAAGGCCGAACAGCUCAACGGACAGCUGGGCUCCGACCACCCAACCUUCAUCAAGCCUAUGUCCCACGGUUCCGCCAAAAAAUUGAGGCAUCUGAAUAUCCCAGUGCACUUCAGGCAGUAUCUCCCCGUGCAUGAUGAGACGAUGGUUCUGGUGGAUGAGGCGAAUAACGAGUUUGACGUGUUCUACCGUAUCAGCCACGAUCAUCGUAUGCAUCUUAACGGGUGGAGAGCGUAUUCUGCUUACCAUGAGCUGGCUGAUGGUGACUGCUUGGUGUUCCAGCAGAUAGAAAGGAGAAAAUUCAAGGUUUAUAUAGUUAGAGCGAGUUCUUACAACAAAAAUGACCACUGAUGGUGCGAGCUGCCAAUAGUGCCAGCAGAGAAGGUGUAUGCAUAUUUUCAAUUGCGAAUUGGGAUGGGCAGCUGAGAACAUGGCGCACUGUUUUUUUUUUUUCGGAAUUUGGAGGGUGGCAGACUCAACCUAAGGAGACGUACAUGAGCAUUUGUUCCUUUGGUCAAAGUGGUAGCCAAGAUAAAAAGCUUGGAUGAACCAGUUGAUUGCUCUGUUGCAAAAACUGAGCCUGGUUGUUGUUGGUUAACAAACUUGCUCGAUUAGUAGUUCUUUUAGUACCCAAUGUUUGUAGUUUAGAUGUUUGCAUUUCCUCUGACGGGUCAGUCAGAUGCCAUGAACAUUGAGAAUCAGCAGCUGCAACGCGAAUCUGCAGCAAGAAACUGUGCAUGUGGUGCAUGCGCUCCAACUGCGCAGCGAGAAUUAAUCUCAAUGAAUUUGUUA